UCUGACCUCCGGUGGCUCCUCUGGCUCCAACCCGUUCGCCGCUUCGGCCAGCAAUCCGUUCUCCGCUCCGCUAGCCUCCUCUCUGUUCCCCUCUCCACCAUCCUCACUCUCAACAUCCAUGGCCAAAUCCCCGUCACCCUCACCCUCACCCCUCCCAACUUCAAACUCUGGUGCUCCUUCUUCCACUCUCUCUUCAUGUCAUACGGCAUCUACGACCACGUCGACGGCACCGUCGACGCCAAGCACCGCCGCCACGACAUCGCCUGGACUCAGGUGGACUGGUGCAUCGUCCGCUGGUUGUACACCAUGCUUUCCGCGGAGCUCCAAGGUAUGGUUCCGCAGGACCAACCCUCUGCCUUCACCCUAUGGACGGCCAUCUGCAGCUUGUUCCUGGACAACCGCACUCAGCGCGGCCUGAUCGCCCUCGAGGAGUUCCACUCUCUUCGUCAGGAGCACCUCUCCGUCAUGGACUACUUCACCCGCCUGCAGACCCUCGCCGACACCCUCCGCGACUGCGACAUGGCCGUCACGGACCGCGGCCUCGUCUCCAACAUGCUGCGCGGCCUCUCCAACAAGUUCAGUCACGCCAUCGGCACCAUGACGUACGACGAGACCAAGCUUCCGACGUUUCUCCAGGCACGCUCCUAUCUGCUCCAGGAGGAGCGGCGCAUCGAUCGCGCGGCGGCCCAUGAGCCCGCCACGCCCGCGCCCACCCCAGCGCCCGCCCCGCCCGCUCCUCCGACAAACCCGGGCUCCUUCAACAACAACAACGGCCAGCGAGGCCGCAAGCGCCGCAAGGGCGGCAAUGGCGGCACCGGUGGCUCCAGCCCUCCUGCCGGCCACGGCGGGGCUAGCGGCCACGCCCCCGCCCUGCCAGCUGGCGCACCCAUGCCUGGCCCGUGA